AUGGAGUACCUAAAAGAAGAUGCCUUGGAGCAAGCUGAUAAUAUUGAAAGUGUUCAACAGGAUCCACCUAAAAUGGAAUCAGCUACUGAGGAAAAAUCUCUCCAGCAAAAACUCUAUGAACUAUAUGCUGACGAAUGUGAAAAGGAGUCUGAGGAUACACAGGAAUUAAAAAGCAAUGUGAAUCUGUUAGAGAAGCUUGUAAGUGGAGAAUCGUUUCCCUGUUUAGUGGUCAACCUGUUCCCAGGACAACAGGGAUAUUCUAUGAUGCUCAAGGAUAAAAACGAUAUCUAUUCAGAUACUUUCAGACUGUGUUAUGAUGAGAAGAAAUUGUUUGACUACUUUGAUGCUGAACAAUUACCUCCCAUUUUGAUAGACGCCCUGGAAAAAUCCGAGAUCAACGUUUUUCAGUCUGGGUGUGUUGUAGCAGAAAUAAGGGACUAUAGAGAGUCAAUCACUAUGGAACCCCCUGACUACCAAAGCAGGCAUAUUCUCUUACGACCAACCAUGCAGACAUUAGUCCAUGAUGUAGAGUCAAUUGCCAAUGAAAACAAGAUAGUGACCCAGGAAGACAAACUUCUGCUUGAGAGUCAGCUGAUAUUAGCUACAGCUGACCCACUAUGUCUAGAUCCUUCUGUAUUAGUAGCCUGCACUGAAAACAAACUGCUCUACAGCAAGCAAAAUAUAGACACUCCUGCAAUGAAAUACAGCUUCCAGAAGUAUUCUUCCACCCUGAGUACGGAAGAGGAACUGUUUCCUUACCUAUGUCAUCCUCAGCUGAGUGAACAAGAAAGUGAAACGGAUGAGCCAUUUGAACACAAAUCAUUUCUAGCAGCAAAUAUUGAAGAUCUGUGGCAAGAGAGUUCCUUGAUUUUUCCUGUCACCUAUGAAGCUGAUGAGGAACAGAACAUUACCGCGGAGACUCUGGACCAAUUUGAUGAUGCACAGUCAAGCUCCUCAUUAAACCUUGAGGUAAGAGAUGAUCAUGUAUGUAAUUUUGACAUUGAUGAUGAGUUACAUAUAACAAACCUGCCCUUCAUGCAAUCAUUUAAUGAUCCAUUUAUCUCUGGGAACAGACAACACCAAUUAAAUAGACCUAAGAGACAUAAAACUCUCCCUCAUUCUUUUACAUAUGACAUACAUGGGUCAGAAACUAAUGCUCUAGCUAUGGCCAGUUGGUCUGAGGAAUUGAUGCAGAGGAAUGACAGCUAUCCAGUGCCGGCUUUGUGUAGUAGCUUUACUAGUCCCACACAAGAUUCUUCGGGGAAAGAAAGAGGACAGUUUGAAACCACAUUGGUUCAGUCUUCAGAACUGGAGACCAUGUUCAGUCCCACAUCUCCAUUCACUGAAUUUCUCCUCAAUUCAGGAAGGAGUGCCUCAGGGGACAAUUUUAAUCCAGAACAGAGCAGUUUUCUUACAUAUCCAGAUCCUGUAGCUUCUUAUCUAUCACCAAGUCCUUUGCAGAGGUCCUUUGCAAAGGUCAAUCAAGUUGAUACACUUCCUACAGUCACGAUUUUCACAUCCAUCGCUUCUCAUAAUGUCUCGACAGAGACAACUGCAAGUUCAUUAAGAUCUCCAGUAUUCUCCACUGGGAUUUCAUCACAAAUAAUGCCAGACUUGCCCACGCCCAGUUUCUCAGAGACACCCACAACCCUUUCCACUAUAUAUUCAUCAGAAAUAACCCGAGGCCUAUUUACUAUCAGCUCCUCAAAAGGUACCCCAAGUUCAUCCACUCCCAACUUGUCUUCAGUCCAAAACACUCAUAGCUUCUCAAAAUCCCUGGUCCCAUUAACUUUUAACUCUUACGAAGAAACUUCAGGCACAUGUUCUGUCAAAUUAUCAUGGAGUACCUUAGAAUUCUCCACAGCAAAAUCAUUGUGA